AUGAUCGUGUUAAUCAGCAACGCCGUCAGCGAGCUCGGAAUGAAUUCCCCCGAGUUCCGCCUCCACUCCGCCACCAUGUCCCUUCCCAAUGCAUCUGCCUCCGAAUUCACCGCCACGUGGGACGUGACGGUCGUCGCGUUCAAUCCCAAUCACAAGGUCAACAUCUCCUACGACAGCCUGCAGGCCACGAUCUUCUACGUAACAGACCCCUUCGCGGACGCAGUCUUGCUCGCGACAAAGCCGGUGCCCCCGCCCUCGUUUCUGACCGCAAAGGCCCAGACCACUCACCGUUUCAGAGUCGAAACAGUGUCGGCGUACGUAGGUGAUGAAGUGGCCAGAGAAAUCUCAGAAGGGAGAGCUCGUGGAGGGGUGACGUUUGGGCUCAAGAUGUUGGGUUGGUAUAGGUAUACCUCGUGUAACACAAGUCCCAGAAAGUUUGAGGAUUGCUACCAGGUCGAGUUUGGGUUUUCCCCCGGUAAUUGGACAGGGGAACUGACACGAGCGGGUCAGUCAAUUGCAUGCGAGCAUAAGGCGAGAAGUCCUCCUCAGUUUUUUAUUUUUUAG